GUCCCGAGCCCGGGCGGGCAGGUGGAGCCGGGACCGCGGCCGGAGCAUGGAAGGUUCACAGGCAGGUAUGGACCUAAGUAAUCCCCAGGAACAGCCCAUGGCUGCAGAAGGACAGGAGGUUUUGCCAGACUGUAAUCUGAACAAAUCCCAGGAAAUGGAAAGGAUGGAUAAUGCAGAAGAUAUUAAGGAACACAAUCAGUCAAAUGAAGAAGUAGAAGAUGAUGUGGUUAAAGUGAAAGGUGAAUACAGUGAAAGAGAGGAGAGUGCUUUACAUUUGGAGCCAAUGGAAACCCCUGAAGAAUCUGAACUGCCUUAUACCUAUCCCAGAGAAUAUAAUGAAUAUGAAAGCAUUAAACUGGAAAGACAUUCGGGUUCAUAUGACAACAUCAGGCCAGCUAGUGGAAAAAUGAAUUGUGAUAUCUGUGGAUUAGCCUGUAUUAGCCUCAAUGUCUUGAUGGUUCAUAAGCGUAGCCACACUGGUGAACGGCCAUUCCAGUGUAAUCAGUGCGGAGCUUCCUUUACUCAGAAGGGAAACCUCCUCCGCCACAUUAAACUACACACAGGGGAAAAACCUUUUAAAUGUCAUCUUUGCAGUUAUGCCUGCCAAAGGAGGGAUGCGCUAACAGGUCACUUAAGGACACAUUCUGUGGAGAAGCCAUACAAGUGUGAGUUCUGCGGGAGGAGCUACAAGCAGAGGAGCUCGUUGGAGGAGCACCGGGAGCGGUGCCGUACGUACCUGCAGAACGCUGGCGUGUGUGAGCCUGUAGCGAGCGUGGAGGGAAGGCACAUCAAGGCAGAGAUGGGGACUGAAAGAGCCCUUGUGCUGGACAGGCUAGCGAGCAACGUGGCAAAGAGAAAAAGCUCAAUGCCUCAGAAAUUUAUUGGUGAGAAACGUCACAAUUUUGAUGUUAAUUAUAAUUCAAGUUUCAUGUACGAAAAGGAAAGCGACAUGAUGCAAGGACGUAUGAUGGACCAAGCCAUAAACAAUGCCAUCACCUACCUGGGGGCUGAAGCCUUGCGCCCUCUUGUGCAGACACCACCAGCUCCCACCGCCGAGAUGGUCCCUGUCAUCAGCAGCCUGUACCCCAUCGCGCUGACCCGCACUGAGGUGCCCAAUGGCAUCUCGCAGGAUGCUGAGAAGAGCCACCCCCACCUAAGGGACAAAAGCUUGUCUUCAGACAGAGGCCUCUCCCCCAACAACAGCGGCCAAGACUCCACAGACACUGACAGCAACCACGAGGAGCGGCAGAAUCCCACCUUCCACCCAAGCCAGAUGCUCCCCGCUCAGGCCCGCAACGGCCUCCAGCCCUUGAAGGACUUCCCAAGGCCAUACGACAUCAUCAAGCCGCCCGCCAUAUGCCCACGAGAUGCCUUCAAGGUCAUCAACAAGGAAGGGGAAGCCAUCGGGGUGUACCGGUGUGACCACUGCCAUGUCCUCUUUUUGGAUUACGUGAUGUUCACCAUCCACAUGGGCUGCCACGGCUUCCGUGACCCCUUCGAGUGCAACGUCUGCGGGUACCGGAGCCACGACCGCUACGAGUUCUCCUCGCACAUAGCACGAGGAGAGCACCGGGUAGUGCUCAAGUAAAAGGACCCAUUUCCCAAGGUCAGAGGGGAGGCUCGUUGGGUUUUCAUUAGCAGAAAGAAAUUUCUUGAGUAUAUUUUUCUAUGCCAGUUUUUAAAUGAGUGUCACGGGGCAGGUGACACCUUUUUACAACGUUCCUUUCCAAACCAGUCAGUGUUCUGUAGCAUCUCUGCCUUGCUGCUGUGCUGGAUGGGACUGAGGAAAUCCCAAGAGCAGAGACCAGUUUUUAGGUGAAGUUUAUUUUUGUGCAAAUUAAGAGCCAUUUAAAAUGGGUUUAUUUUUUUAACGUGCAUUUGUGUUUCCUAAUGUGUGCUUUAACUCAGCUCAAAAGGCUUUCAUGCCCUGCUGAUGCGGGUCAGAUGUGUAGGAGCAGGAAUAUAGGAGGAGCUUUGUUUUAGCUGUUACAAUCCCGAUGGGCUUCAAAUGGCUCAUCACUGAAACAAGGAAAACACACUGGGAGGGAUUAUUAAUUCCUCUUCAAAGGUUUUCCCCUAAGUUUUAAAGAGCAUGUGGCCCCACCACACUUUCAUUUUUCUUCCCCUUCUGUUCACCUGCUUUAAAGUCACUCCCACAUGUGUCUUAGUAAGAGCAAAGUGAGACAUGAGACCUGGGUUGGGGGUUUUUAACAGCAUGCCUUUUUGGGAUACCCAGUGAGAUCACUGUUUGGCUCAUCCAGGCAGUCUGGGGGAAAUCCUGACUUUCAGUGAUGGCAAGUCCUCCUUUCCAAUGGGUGCCAAGAACGAGGAGGACACUGUGUUAGGGGGGACAUCCUGAAAUUCUCUUUCCUAGUGGGUCCCAAGGACGAGGAGGCAGCGUUGGGCUCGCGGCGGAGUCGCCGGCGCCGUGAGAACCUGCACAGGGGUGUGUGGGAGCCGCCAGCUCCGUCUGCUCUUACGUGGGGAUGUCCCUCGGUGUGAAAUGUGCUGUUUUGCAAAAUGACUAUUUACCAUGACUUUGAAGCCGGGUUUUAAAAUAGCUCUUUUAAUCUAAUCACUGCUCUGCAGCUGUAUUAUUACUCACUGCGCUGGAGAUAGGAAUUUGAUAACAGUUUUGCUGAGUGAAUGUUUGUUCUUUGCAAAGUAUUUUUGUAUAGCAUGGAGCCAGGUGUGUUCUGGUGGACUUUCUGCGUUGUAUGGCGUGAUAGCUACAGCGCUUCUGUACUUCUGCAGUGUUGCUGUGCCAAUAUCGCUGGUGACCCGUGAGGGAAGGUCGGGUGCAGAGACCUGAGUGGAGUGCCGAGGGUCGAGAACUACUGAAUUUCCUUCCUCCCUCUGUCCUGGGCUCACUCUUUGGGCUCAAAUACUUUCUCCCUUCCUGAAUUUUAAGGUACAAAAAAAGAGAAUUAUAUUCAUUUUUCCCAAGAAGGGUAGGUCUAAAGAAGGAUUCAUGAGUCUGCAGAGUGCCUGGCUGCCCAAAGUGCCACAGAAGAGCUAGAUCCUAGAUCCAACUUGUUGCUGGGGGUGAGGAGAACUGGUUUGUACCCUGUGUGCUGUUACAUGUGUAGUUAUAAAAUAGGUUUAGGAUCUUUUUCCAGUGACCAGUUUCCCAUCGUGAGGCACAUAAAGUGAGCGGGUGGAUGUUGGCUCUUCCCAGUGUCAUGGCAUGACAAAGAUCCUUCUGCAAGCGAGGCUGCAGUUCCACCACAGUCAUCCAAGGACCAACAUCAGGCAGCAGCCUGGAUUUGGGAAGCAUUCGGCCAGUCCCCGCUUCACCUGGUGUAAAUCCUUCCACAACUCCAUCCCUCCUGCUGCGUUCUUGGGGAAGCUGAGCUACACGCAUGCUGUGGCUGAUGACAACACUCCUCGUGGUUUGACAGACAUGGAUAAGGUCACCCACCGUGAAACAUCACUUGUCCUUUGCACAGGAAGCUCCUCACAGCACCGAAUGUGCCACACAGCACCGCGGCUGAUUCCUCACAGCGCUGCCCAAUCCUUGAAAUCCCCCUUCAGAUGAACUCUGCCACUUCCCUUCCAGCCGGGCAGGGCUUUGGCCACCUCCCUUUGCUCCCCAGCUAAGGUGAGCCAUCUCCAUCCACCACGGUGCCACUAGCAGCUCUGAGCACUGCUGCCAGGUUGGGAGAGGAAGGAGGGAGGUUUCCGCAGCGUCUGGCCCGCGCAGCACCGUUUCCCCACCACUGCUCGGGCAGAGCUGCGACUUCCAGGUGGGCUGAACCAAAAGCCGUUCCCGGCGCUGCCUGGAGCCUCAUUCCAGCUCUGCUGUUGAGCAAUCCUGGUGUGGAAUUUCAACCCCGUCAUUCAUUAAAAUCUAUCUCUGUGUUUUUAUGAGUUUA